CUUUGUCCCACGACUGGGCGGAAUUUAUCCCGCGGUACCACAACAUCGCGGUCGAGGGAAGGUUAUCAAAUGCAAAAAUGUCUGGGUCUGGAAGAUUGGUAAGUUUGUCAUGCGGGUUUUCCAUGACCCACACGGUCUGCCAUGCACGGCCUAGCAUGUUGACAGGUUCUGUGAGAUCUCUAUCAUGCCGCUCCUGCAUGAGAAACUUGAGUCUAAACUUGUUCAAAAGUGGACCUCUUUUGGUAAUCAUGCAACACAAAUUUUUCCACGAUCCAGAUGUAGCAUGACAAGUUACACUCUUGUUCCAGACGCAGACAUGUUUGCAAUGCAUAAAGGUGUCCCGUCCCCACGCAGUUUGACGCGACGCUGGGCUGGGCGUUGGGGCACUGCGCGGCGGCCUUGGUGCAGAGACGACAAAACGGAUACAUCGCC